ACACGUGCACUCGAGUCCCUGCCCCCCUUCGGGGCAUUCGAACCGCAGCUGCCAUCGGAGCCCCCACCGAACGGAGCAGGCCUCGUCCCUUCCGUGUUCUCUGCCCUGGGGACCCGGGCGGCCCGCACCCUCCCCUCCUCCCCGGCCCAUGGGGACGCUCGUGGCAAAGCUGCUCCUCCCUACCCUCAGCAGCCUGGCUUUCCUCCCCGCAGUCAGCAUCGCUGCCAAGCGCCGCUUCCACAUGGAGGCCAUGGUCUACCUGUUUACCAUGUUCUUCGUGGCGUUCCACCACGCCUGCAACGGACCCGGCCUGUCGGUCCUCUGCUUCAUGCGCCACGACGUCCUGGAGUACUUCAGCGUCUACGGGACAGCGCUGAGCAUGUGGGUCUCACUGAUGGCGCUGGCCGACUUCGACGAACCCAAGAGGUCGACCUUUGUGAUGUUUGGCGUCCUGACCAUCGCGGUCCGGAUCUACCACGACCGCUGGGGCUACGGCGUGUACUCGGGCCCCAUCGGCGUGGCUGUCCUCAUCAUCGCCACCAAGUGGCUGCAGCUCAUGAAGGAGAAGAAGGGUCUGUACCCCGACAAGAGCGUCUACACCCAGCAGAUAGGCCCCGGCCUCUGUUUCGGGGCGCUGGCCCUCAUGUUACGAUUCUUCUUUGAGGAUUGGGAUUACACCUACGUGCACAGUUUCUACCACUGCGCGCUGGCCAUGUCCUUCGUCCUCCUGCUGCCCAAGGUCAACAAGAAGGCCGGAAGCUCGGGGCCCCCCGCCAAGCUGACCUGCCCCGCCCUCUGCUGUGUUUGCAUCUGACCACGCCCACCCCCUGCCCCCUGCCCCCUGCCAGCCCCCGCCCUGCCGCAUCUCCCGCCUGCAGAGAGACCCCCAUGCCCCCCCCCUCCGCCCCCGGCUCUGAGCAUCCGGGAGAAAUGUCUCCCCUCAGAGGGAUUUGGGGAGCAUCCUGCCGAGUGCUGCCGGGAGCCCACUUACUAGGUUUCUACGGAGGACAAAACCACCGUGCUGGAAAGAAAAGGACUUACUGCGCCGCUCCUGCUCCCCCACAGUCAUGGCCACCCACAGCCAACAUGUGUCCCCCCCCCCCCCCCCCGUCCCCCUUUCCUCCUCACCCAGCCACAAAGGGACUCCGCCCAUGCCCCCCUCACAACACCUGCCUCCUCCUGGACCCUGGUUGUCACUGCUUCUGUCCUGUGCCCUCGGGCUCUGAGCAGACCCGUGUAGGAAGCCAAGGCCAGUGGGGGCCGGCUCUGUCCAGGCCUGCUGGCCGUCCCUCCAGCCGGGUCCCUGAAUCAAGCCCUGCCAGUAACGGCAGCCCACAGGAAGCUCCUCAACCCUUGACCUUCCUGUGUGCCAGAAGCCGUAUGAUCAUCGCUUCAUCUAGUUGAUAAAACAAGUCUGCAUUAAAGGAUGACCAUUCCGUUCUA